GCCCGCGGUGAGGAUGGCAGUCCGGCUUCGUUACUCUGGACCAGAGGAGAGUCGGACUGCAGCCGGAACCGAACCGAACCGAAACAGACAGAAUACCUUAGGAACCACUUUGCUUCAGAAACAAGCGACUUUUACUGCAUCGGCUCGGAAACCUGGUGCUGGAAAAACUCAUGAGACUGGGAGCCCCAGAGCGCCGCAGUGAGGAGCCAACUGUAGUCGGCGAUGCCAGACGAACUCAAUAAGGACGCAAUGAAGACGCCAGCGACUUCUGAGAAGCCCAAAGCCACCGAGCAACCACCAGUCGCCAUGACGGCAUUGAACAUCCCUCUGGUUAACGAGGUCCAGCUGACGGCAGCCACCGGCGGCGCAGAGCUCUCCUGCUACCGCUGCACCGUCCCGUUCGGUGUGGUGGUCCUCAUCGCCGGCAUCGUGGUCACUGCCGUGGCGUACAGCUUCAACUCCCACGGAUCCACCAUCUCCUACUUCGGGUUGGUUCUGCUGUCGGCCGGGCUGGUGCUGCUGGCGUCCAGCGCCGUCUGCUGGAAGGUGCGGCUGGAGCGGAAGAAGGAGAGGCGGCGGGAGAGUCAGACCGCCCUGGUCGUCACCCGGAGGAGCAUUUUCACAUGAACCCGGCAAACUCUCUGGGACGUAAUCAGGCGUCAUCGUAGCGUUUCCGACCUGCAAAAGCUCCGACGCUGCGGGCUUUGAAGACACUGGCAGGGGUUUAUCUGUCAAACGGACAACGAGCAUCUGGAGUGCUGGGAACGCAGUUAGGAGGAACAAAUCCCAAUUAAACUGAAUUACCACUGUGCACAGCGGUGGAGAGGAAGUCCUGCAUUAAUCCGCUGCAGCAUGUGGCGGCUGAUUGCAACAGGAAGGAUUGUGGGAAAAGAAAAAAUCAGCCCAGGAUGGAGGACAGAAACAGGGAAAUCCAGAAUCACAGUCAUAUACAUGAUAUUCUGGAGAAAACUAUUUAACCUUUAAUGUCUUUUUCCUCAAGAACUUUAAUCCUCCAUGUCGUUUUUGAUAAUAAACUUUAUGUAGCAAAGUUUGAACUUAUCUUCAUGGUCUACUAUGUAAACUCUUGAAGUUAUUGCAUGUAUAACGAGAUGAGUUUCAAUAAAGCCACUGAUUCUCCAACUUGGUGCAGAUUUCAGAAACGAGAGAAAUAAUAAUGUUAUGGAAUAUUUCUUUGCUUUCUGGUUGUUUUCUGAUGGAAAUCAGUAAUAAAAUUUACCUAAAAAGGUAAAAUGAUACAGUUCAAACAUAAAUGUCACCAUUUGAUGAGAUGUACUUUGAUAGGUUAUAAAAAAUUAUAUACAAGACAAUAAUAAUAUAUAUAUAUAUAUCACUACAAAUUGCUUUCUAAGUGAAAUAAUCUGCCAAUUGUACAAAUACUUUUUCGUCAAUAUCAGUAAAUUGUUCACUUAAAAAAGCUCCAAAAUCUUUCUGAAAAGUUACUUGUAAGUCAGUUUUGUUUGAUAUUUACUCUAGAAACCGGAAUAACAAUUCUUGGUAAGAUUUUGUGUUUUUGCAGUUUUGCUUUGUAUUUUGCAUAACACUCUUAGCUGAUUCAUUGUUUUCCCUUUGCAGAAGUUUUUUACUUUAUUUUGUCUCCAACACUGAAAGGAAGCUAAACUCUGCAGUUUGACCCUAUUGGUUUUAAAAUAGCCCGGACAGGGAAGCAUAUUUAUAGGCAGCAUUUGCGUUGCUAUGCAUCCGAGUGACACCAGACACUACAACUAAAAGGUUUCCUUGCGUCAGAGGAGACCCUACAACACGCCGUGUCACUUGUGGGAGCUCACCACCCCUCCGGCGCGCGGAUCACUAACACAUUUAUGGGACACGCGAUGCUUGGAGGGCGUCUGCUGCAGCCCGAAGCUGGAAAAGUGGAGAGACUUGAUAUGAGGUUUGACAGCUGCUCGCCGUCAGCGUCUUCAGCCUCAUUACGCGGGCUCCUGCAGGGUCUGCGUGCGUCACUUUUUGUGCCUCGCAUGGUUGUCGUUCCAGCCGCGCUGCCGGCUGCAGGAGUUCAUCAAUAAACAGGAGGGAAUCUGCAGGAGGAGGAUGUUCACUUAGUAAUGAAGCGGAGCAAAGGGUUUUCACUUUGGGUCACAUUAGGAGCACAAAUGUUCAAUAAUACCUUCGGUUGUGCCAGAAUGCAUGGAUAAACCAGAUAAAGCACAUGUUUCAAACUCGAGGUCCGUGGGCCAAAUGCGGCCCGUCAUUGCUGUUUAUGUGGCCCUCUAGAUUCUAGACUAAACAAUGUGUGUUUAAAUAUUAUGCAGCUUUUAUCUGUUUACUGCCAAAUCGUGUCAAUCAGUCCCGCCAGUUUCUUCACAAGUAUUGUGGAAAUUUAUGUAAAAUGAACAAAUCCCCAAAAUUUUUUAGCUAAUGAUUGGGAGUUUAUUAUAGAUUUUUCUCCAAAACUGUGAAAAAAUUUCUUACUUGUACUAAACAGCUUCCUCAGCUUGAAUUGAUGUCAGAUUAUAGUCCAUAAACUUUAGAGCAAGUCAUACAAAGUUGCAUUUACCAUUAUAAAUAAGCACAAAUAUCAGUAAUAUUUCCAAAUUAGUAACGCAAACACCUUGAUGCAGCCUGAAGAGGUGAAAAAAUGAAAACAAUUUAACACGUUACGGUAAUCUAAUGACCAAAAUAGUUCGUUUUUUUUUUUUUUAAAGUGUAAUAGAGAAAAUGAUGAAGAGAUUUCUAGUAGUUUGAGAUUGUUUAUCAUAUAAUACCUAAUUUUAUCACAUGUUCAUGAAUUUUACAGAUAAGAAGAAGUGGCAGGGCUUCUCGUGAUUUUGCAAAUCUGCAAUUGAAACACUUUUUGGCACGUCUUCUUUUAGUCAUCAGGUUCUUGAUCAAUUUUCCAUUCCACUUUUACAAAACCAAUUUUGAAAGUCCAAAGAAAAAGUUUUUCUUUUUUUCAAAAUUGCUGUGUUUCUAUGAAGCAAAAUUAUUUUUGUCAAAUUGUGUGAUUAUAUGGUCAGUGGAAAUAUAGUUACUGACAAAGUUUUGCACACAUUUGUAAUAAAAACUGCAACUAGAUGUUCUGCAGACGAUUAUGCUAAUAA